AUGACAGAACCGUCUGGCCAUUUAUCGGACCCAGCAAUCGUUGCCGGAUUACUGAAGGCUGUAGCCGUCCAGGGCACAAGGAUAGCGAGUCUCGAGAGUGCGACCCAGAGUGUCCUGGAACAGCUACAGAAUAUUUCGGCCAUGCUCGAGCGUUUCCCGACCUCACCCGCCAGAGCUGACACUAAUGUGUCUGCUUCAUUGGAGUCCCCUCGCUCCCUAUCUGUGAUUGACGGCAGUCCACUUCCUCAAGUCACCCACCGCACCUCCGUCCUGACUGUCAAUUUAAUCGGCAACCACACUGAGAGCAAAGUUGCAAUGGCUUCAGGAUACUUGCUGCUGCUGCUGAUCGCGAGCUCUUCUGCCCUGGAAAAAUGCAUGAAUGACACAGAUGUUUUUCUCCAGGAACUCAGCCAGGACAAUCCAAAAGAUUUUGCUGUUGUCAUGUACGAUUCAUUUGGGAAGAUGGGAAGUAACGUAAGAGGAGGCAACCUCGACCGACCAGGCUUGAUGUCUGAAUGUCGCUCUGUCCACACGGCUUCCUUCUCUGGACAAUACUGCCAGGUGUUUCUGACUCAGGGAGAUUUAUUCUACUUUGUGGGGGUUUGUGUUCCUGACUCCUGCGACGAUAAAGAGGUGCACAUGUUGAUGCUCGAAGGGAGGCUGAAGUUUGGAGAGGUCUCCCUCAUUCCUCCUUUACCAUCUAUGUUCGUCAAUGAGUCUAAACUGGAAGUGAUGUUGGCAUAUUGUUUGUCCAAUGCUGUUCAUCCUGAUGCAUCUGGAAUCGCUUGUCUGGUCAUUUGUGCUGUUCUAGUAGCAAUUCCUCUGGCUGCUACGCUGGUCACUGCUGUGAGGACUUGUCAGCAGAGCAAAGAAAAGGCUCCAGCAGUCGAACCUUUCUGCUUGGAUGAGGGGAAAAGCGAUGGAAACUUCAACAUGUCUUCUUCCUUAAAUUGUCAAAAGGAUGGUUGCAAUACACGAGAAGACAAACAACACAAGAGAACACAGAAGAGUUUCCUCAGUCGCUGUUUGCAUCAGUUUCUGGAAGCCUUCUCUCUUCAGACGACGACUCAGGGAGUCCUCAGCACCCCGGCAUCAGUCAAGGAUUCCUAUCCUUCCUUGAACGGCAUCCGAGCUCUGAGCAUGUUGUGGAUCAUUUCAGGACAUUCUCUGAACAUACCAUCAUUUUACUCGACUGAUAACACGAACGAUUUACAAGCAUCUUUGAAAACGAACCCCCUGCAUGUGUUCACAGUGGGAGGACCCAACGCUCUCGGUGUGGACACGUUUCUGUUAUUGAGUGGUUUGUUAAGCGCCAAAAGUCUCCUGAGCUCAAUCCAGAGGAAUGAAGACACCAUGAGUCCACGUCUUGUGGCAGAUUUCUACUUCAAGAGGAUCAGAAGGAUACAGCCCCUCCACAUGUUUGUGGUUAUGCUUUGUGAAGGUGUCUCAUCUGUGUUCAAUGGAGGCCCUUUGCUGGUGAUACUACCUUCAAUAUUUUUUCAAUGUGACAAGUACUGGUGGACAAACCUGCUGUUGAUAAACAAUCUAUUUAGUCGUGAUUUACCUUGCCUACCUUGGACAUGGUACCUAUCGCUGGACUUUCAGUGCUAUGCCACAACUCCUCUUCUGAUUCUUGCCCACAGAAAGAACAAAGUUGUAUUUGCUGUUUUGGUGGUCACCCUGCUGCUGAUGACCAUUUUGACUGGAUCUAUUUUAACAGCACUCCUGCAUUUACCUGUCUUUCGGUCAGAUGUUAUCACAACGCCAGAUUUUUUGUUUUUGUACUACCAAAAACCCUACUCCAGAUAUGGACCAUUUUUGAUAGGAAUUCUGUUCGGAGUGUAUCUGAAAACAAGGAAGGAAACCCUUCUAAAGAAAAAGUGGCAAGCGGCUCUGGGAUGGAUAUGCUCUUUGUCUGUCCUGGCUCUGGUGGUGGGGUUGAGCUACGCCCUCCAGGACGCACCAGACCAUCCAUCAGUACCACAUGCCAUAUACCAGGGACUACACAGAACCGCCUGGGCGACAGCUCUUACCUGGGUCGUACUAGCCUGUGAGGAGGGCUAUGGAGGUUUCAUCAUGAACCUACUAUCACUGAAGUUCUGGCUUCCUCUUUCAAACCUCAGCUUCUCCUGCUACCUAAUUCAUCCCUUGGUUGUCUACAUUUACGUUGGCCUGCAAGAAACUCCGAUACACUAUUUAGACAUCAACUUUAUGUAUAUGUUCGUGGGUCACGUGGAGCUGACCGUUGUCCUGAGCUAUGUGGUGACAGUGUUGGUGGAGAGACCUUUCAUUCUUCUGAAGUGGAAGUGACACUAAACAGAUGCACAAGUGACACAAUGAUGUGCAGUUUGAACAAGUAGUUUUGAGAACUUCAAGAGUGAUCUGAGAAGCACAAAAGCAACUGUAAUCAAUUUUGCCAUGAACCAGUUUAAAACAUCUAAGAAAAUGACGAUGACUGUUUUUUGACAACUA